AUGUCGACAGGCGAUACAACCAACAGUAUUUCCAUUUCCCCACCCGGAUCCGAUGAGCCAGCCUCGCAAUGGGCUCGCUCAACUCUCUCUGCGCUCGACACCGAGCAUACCAACACCACCGGUCAACCUCCAAGCCUCUCGUCGAAUUCAUACCCGUAUAGCGUUGAGAAAGUCGAUCGAGGAUUCACACAACACACCCCGGAUAGUCCUGGAGUAAAGGUUCCUGGAGCGUUCCCUGGCGCAUCCUCCCAAGCGAAGGACGUCGGGGGAAAUGCUCAAAAUGUCAAGCAGACUGCGCUGGAUGCUUUAGAGACAGCGAAGGGAUACGCGUACAACGCUGGCGGGGUGGCAAAGGAGUACGCUCAGUCGGCUGGUCAGGCCGUUGGCGAAUACAUCCCGCCUAGCGUCUCUGCAUACUUUCCUGGAGGUCUGUCGAAGGAAAGCCACGAAUACAGCCUCCCAUCCCAGGAAACAUCUUCAAACGAACACCCUUUCACAUCCGGCGGCGUAGGCACCCUGCCUGGGCCAGCGAACGAGCCUUCCGUAGCGCUUCUCCCAGACGAACGCAACAAGGGCACUAGCACGGCUUCCUCAACCGGCGCUUCAAAGACUCAGACUUCGCCCAUCAUCACCACGACCAACAACGGCUCCGUUGCACCGCCCAUCUCUUCAAUCCCCCAACCUCAGGCCACUUCAGCCAAAGAAAAAGAAAUUAACAAUGGUGGUAUCCCAGAGACGAUGUGUGGCGAGACCAGCGUCGCGAAGCUCCCCGAAGAGCGGCGCCAGGAUAAUCUCUUCUCACAUGACGGCCACGCGGCAACUGCGCCGGGGAAGACAGGUGGAGUGGGUGUUCUACCUAGCCCAACGAGCAACGCAGGCGCGGCGAAGCUCCCUGAAGCUGAAGAGGUCCGGCAAAAGAACCUCCCGUCGCACGGUUUAGGUGGCGUCUCGGCUAUUGGAACGACCGCUGGUGUAGGUGUGCUCCCCGGUUCGAAGAGCGAACUAGGCGGGGCGAAGUUACCUGACAAGCGCGCGCACCUCCACCCACCCACUCAGGAAAAAGUCGUGAGCGCCGGAAGCGGGACGGAUGGCGCAAGCACAGAUGCGAGCACGCGCAGCCUCGCAGGGAGCCGUGUUGUACCCACCGGCAGCCACGGUGCCGCGUUUACGGGUUUGGGUUCGCCUGAAAGCCAGAUGCCAAUCCACCACGACGCACCCAAGGCCGACGCACGCGAGCACCCGCUAGCUACCGACGAGGAGAAGAAGUUCGCCGGCAACGUGUUCAAAAAGCAAUCCGCAGGCACGGUCACCCCGCCCCGAGUGUCGUCUGAUAUCGCUACUCCCGGACACGAAUACCCUCCAUCAGGGACUAAAGGCGGCGCUGUAGGCGCUGGAGCCGGCGGGCUCGCAGGCGCCGGUGGGAGGAGGGGUUCAGAGGGGAUGGCCGAGCACGACCACAGGAAAUCCGGGUUUAUGGAUAAGCUGAAAGGCGAGAUGAAGGUCAUUUCGGGGAAGCUUGGGCACAACGAGGAGAAGGUUGAGGCGGGACGGAAGAUGAUGGGGAAGAAUUAA